GGUUGUCAACGGCAACCGUCAGCGGUCCUUUUCCUGUGUGAGAGGUCACAUUUCCGGUUAAAGAUGGCGGCGCCCGAUGAGUUGUUUUGCUGGGAAGGAGACUGGGGUUUACCGUCCGUCAGCACCGACUGCCUGGUGGUUCUGGCGUACGCUCAGUUCGCAGGAGCUCCUCUCAAACUGCGGAAGAUCUCGAACCCCUGGAGGAGUCCGAGUGGAACACUUCCUGCUCUGAGGACCAAUCAAAAGGAGACUCUGUCCAGGCCCUCUGACAUCAUCAUCCACCUCAGAAAACAGAAGUAUAACGCCGACUACGACCUGUCGGCCAAAGAGGGAGCAGACAGCCUGGCCUUCAUCUCUCUGAUGGAGGAGAAGCUCAAACCUGCCCUGAUCUACGCCUUCUGGGUGGAGCCUAAGAACUACGUGGACGUGACUCGCCGCUGGUACGCCGAUCACAUGCCGUUCCCUCUGAACUUCUUCCUGCCCGGGCGGAUGCAGGGCGCUCAGCUGGAGAAACUCCGCCUGCUGCGAGGAGACGAGAGCCUGGAGGCCGGAGAGGAGCUGGAGAAGGAGUUGUACCGUGAUGCUGCAGAGUGUAUGAACCUGCUGUCCCAGCGCCUCGGCUCACACAAGUUCUUCUUCGGGGACUCGCCUUCGUCUCUGGACGCCUACGUGUUCGGCCACUUGGCGCCCAUCCUCAAGUCCAAGCUGCCCAGUGGGAAACUGCAGCAACACCUGAAAUCUCUGGACAACCUGACCAACUUCUGCACCAACAUCCUGCUGCUCUACUUCCCCAGAGACAGCCGAGAGAGCUCCAGUCAGAAGACGGCGUCCCAGCCUGAGAGCGGAGACUUCGACCAUGUCCCCAACAAACGCAGGAAGCAGCUUCUGUCAGCGCUGGUGGCUCUGGGCGCCAUGCUGAGCUACGCCCUGCUGACCGGCAUUGUGUCCAUCCAACACGUCCAGCAGGAGGCGCUGGAGGAACCGCCCGACCUGCAGGGCAUGGGCUCGCCUGAGGAGGAGGAGGGAGACUGAGGAGGUGCAUCAUGGGACUUUAUGGACAGAGGAGGAGAUGUUCAGUUAGAAUAAUCAGUGAUGUCUCACUCUGAGGAGUUUUUACGUCACCAAAGAGAGAGGAGAUCCAUCAAGAGGCUGAGAGAGGACGUGGUGAGAGUUGGACCUGCUUAAAGGAUCAUUCUGGAUAUUUCUGAUUUGGACUUUUUUAACUGCUCACUGAAGAACAGACACAUCGGCUUUUCCCUCUAAAAUAACUGAACUGGACUUCUCACCACUGUUUAUUUAGUUAAAGACAUUUUCUGAUCCCUAAAUAUCUGCACAGUGACUUGGUUUAUGUUGAUCUCUGUUUCUGCUAACGACACACAAUCACGAAUUUAACAUCACCAAAUAAACACAAAGAUAAAAGAA